CGUGUGGGCGAGGAGCUGGAAGAGGGGCUUAGAGAAGGAGGCGGGGCCGAGAGACUACAGCACAUCCUUCACCUGGCCUCUUCCACCGGAGAGCACGACAAACUCACACAGGGUCUCUAUGAUAACUUCCUGUCUAUGCGUGUGAAGGACCACGAUCUUGGCAGAGUGUGUCAGGCUCUGGAUUGCUUUCCACUUCCUGUUUGCUCACACACACGUCCCCCCAUCAACUACCCCCACAGCCAGUACGAGGCUCUAACUAAGACCUCAGCCAGCAGGAACGCUCUGGCGGCCAUGUUAUCUGAAGUCCCAGCAUGCAUCAGGACUAGAGUCAGUGAGCUUAGUCUCAGUCUGGACAUCCUGUCCCUCCUGCUGGAUAUUAUCUGUCCUAAACUACGACCUGUGAACCCCCAACUGUUCAGCGACAGAGAGAAACAGCAGCUGGUUGAUCUGAUUCACACCAUGAUCUCCUACAACCUGUCCUACAGACAGGACAGAACGCCUGAUGGCCAAUAUGUUUACGUUCUGGAGCCGCGUGUGGAGCAGGUGGUCUGUUUCCCAGGCUUGCCCCCCCACAGACAGCUGACCUACCAGACCAAACAGACGAUCAGCAGAGAGAUGGACCAGGAGAGGAUGAGGAGAGCAGAGUCACUGAUGCUGCUACGCAACCCACACACG